AUGACCACAUUUUCCAGUGACCUGGACGGAAAUAGGAUCAGGUCACUACCAAGUAACAGCAUUAACAUUACCACCGAUCAGCUGUCUCUUGCGAACAGUCAACUGGAGUCCAUCUCAGACUGGGCGUUCAACGGGUCUCGCAUUGGGACACUGCAGCUGAAUGGAAACCUGCACCUGAAGCGCCUGGAUCGCCUGGCCUUCCGGGGUCUGGGAAGUCUCAGAACGCUCGAUCUGUCCGACACGGCGCUCCUGUCGCUGCCCACGGUCGGCCUGGAGGACAUCGAGAGGCUCCUGGUGAAGCGGACGCCGUCGCUGAUGACGUUCCCUUCCGUCUACCACUUCGGCUCGAUCGAGGAGGCGCACCUCACCUACCCGUACCACUGCUGCGCGUUCGACUUCCCCGCCAUCCAGGACCCCGAUCAGCAUCGCAAGUAUCAGAACGGCGCCCGGGCGGUGGGCGACGGCGUCUUCCACACGGCCGUCGCCGAGGAGUCAAGCCUCUCCGUCUGCGAGCAGGGCCGCGCCACGCGCCUGCGCAGCGUGCGCUGUCUGCCGGCGCCGGACGCCUUCAACCCGUGCGAAGACAUCAUGGGUUACCGGGCGCUGCGGGUCGCCGUCUGGGUGGUCGUCGUCACCGCCAUAGUUGGGAACGUCGCCGUCCUGGUCGUCCUCAUCAGUCGCAGCUUCAAGCUCACCACUCCCAAGUUUCUCAUGUGCAACUUAGCAUUUGCGGACCUCUGCAUGGGCGUCUACUUGUUGAUUAUCGCCAGCAUGGACAUCCACACUAUCGGCGUCUACUUCAACCACGCCAUCCACUGGCAGGAAGGGGUCGGCUGCCAGGUGGCCGGCUUCGUCACUGUUUUCGGCGCCGAACUGUCCGUGUUCACGCUGGUGACCAUCACCUGCGAGCGCUGGUAUGCCAUCACCAACGCCAUCUACCUGACCAAGCGGCUCCGGAUCGGCGGUGCUGUGAGGGUGAUGGUGGUCGGUUGGAUGUACUCUGCCUUCAUGGCUACGCUGCCCCUGGUCGGCAUCGGCAGCUAUAGCAAGACCAGCAUAUGCCUGCCGAUGGCGCGGGACGCGACGGACAGGGCCGGCAUCGCAUUCCUGCUGCUGCUGCUGCUCGGCAACGGGGCGGCCUUCCUGCUCAUCUCCUGGUUCUACCUGAGGAUGUACUGCAGCAUUUCACACGUGGAGAGGGGCCUGGUGCGGCCUAACGACCUGAAGGUGGCGAAGCGGAUGGCGCUGCUCGUCUUCACUGACUUCGCGUGCUGGGCGCCGAUCGCGUUCUUCGGCGUCACGGCCAUCAUGGGCGUGCCACUCAUCAGCGUCACCAACUCCAAGAUCCUGCUGGUCUUUUUCUACCCGCUGAACGCGUGCGCCAAUCCUUACCUGUACGCCAUCUUCACCAAGCAGUUCCGGCAGGAGCUGCUGCGGCUACUGGGGCGCCGUUCGCUGUGUCGGCCACCGCCGCGCAGCGCCAACACGCUGCUCGAGAUGUCGUCCAUCCGCGGUGGUCGCAAGUCGUCGCAGGACUCGGCGGUCGAGAGCCACCUGCCGGCGGCGGCGGUCGAGCAGCCGGCGCUCAGCCCCGUGCUCGAGUGCUCGCGCACGUCGGACCCCGGCAGUGUGGCGCCACCGGGCCACGCGCCGCGGCCGGACGGCGGCGCACAGUAG